AUGGGAUUGCGCAGCCGUUUUCGAAGCCGCAACAAAUCAGGUGGCGCCAGCACCAGCGGUGAUAUCUCCACCGCCUCGAGUGAUUCCGCUUCGCCUACUCAUUCUCCUCCUUCACCAAGUCAAGCCAAAUUGAUUGCCAAAUUCAUGGAACAACACCAGAAGCAGGGUGCCAACAAAAUGCCAUCCAAACAACAGUUACGAGCCUAUUCCUUUCUCAAGAGGACCAUGAGCUCUGGUGGCUUUUCAGCAGCAGAUGCUGCAAAUGGCGGCGACGGUUUGCAACAACAAGAACAACAACAACAACAACAACAACAACAACAGGAGCGCAUGAUGGAAGUCUUGGAAGCCAAUGUCCAACGAUUGACCGAAAAAUGCGAGGCAUUGGAAUCCCAAAACAUUUUGGUGGCCGUCCAACAGUUGGACUUUUUGGCACGAUCCAUUGCCUGGGCAUUGACGAUUGCGGUCUUGUAUCUGUACUGGAGAUGCAUUGGAUGGGGGCUUGAGCAUUACCUUCACUUGUCAGAACAGAUUCAAGAACAAUUAUUGCCAGCCCAGCAGUUGGAUGACCGUCAAGCCAAACUUGGAAAUCUACUUUUUGGCGCGGUUCAAAUGCUAUUUUUGGCAAUUCCCUAUUUGUACAAUAAGAGGACUCAUGGUUCGAUGAAACGACGUUUUGAGGUCUUCUCCAUUGCCUUUAUCAUUAUCGGACGAAUCAAACUGUGCCGAUGGAGAGAAGCCGUGUUUGUGCAACACGAAGGUUCUAACGACAACCACAACAACAACAAUAACAGUAAUGGCCACUUUAGCACCAUUCCCCGAUAUGGAGAGUCUUGCACGGAGAAUGGAAUCUGGGAGGCAAACUACGAAAUUUCUGCGCGCUUCUUGUAUUUGAGUAUUCUACGAUUGCGUGGUUUGUGGACCAAGACGGCUCAGUACUUGAGUUCCAGAGCUGACUUUGUUCCAGUUUCCUACAUUCGAGAAUUGUCCAAACUGCAAGAUCAGACCCAAAGUACUCCCUGGAGUCAAGUGCAACCGCUUUUGCCAGCAAACUUGUUGGAACGAUUGGCGCAUAUUGAGGAAACACCCAUUGCCAGUGCGUCAAUUGGACAAGUCCACAUUGCCUACCUCAAGGAUUCCAAUGGCAAUCGCGGCGAAAAGGUUGUCGUCAAAGUCCAACAUCCACAUGCCCGUACUCUCAUGACGGAUGACUUUUGGUCCCUCAACGUCUUGUGUCGCAUCAUUGGAUGGAUGGAGCCCGAUUAUGCGUUCAUGGAAAUUCUCAUGCGCGAAUGGGCGACCGAAGCCCGCAAGGAACUGGAUUUCAACUUUGAAGCGGAAAACAUGUUUGAAGCCAAUUCCGAAUUACGCAGUCUCUUCCCCACGUCGACCGAUGUCAUUUAUACGGCGGCGGCAGCAGCAGCAGCCUCCAACAACAACAAUGAUAAUGACAAAUCCAACCAGAAGUUGACUCCCUUUCAAGUGGUGGUACCGACUCCCAUGAAAGACUUGUGCAAUCGCGACGUAUUGGUCAUGGACUUUUGCGAGGGAUGUCGAGUGGAUGACUUUCACCAAAUUGAUGAGUGGGGUCUCUCUCGGAGUGCCAUUAUGGAUGGAAUUUCACAAGCCUUUGCUCAUUUCAUGUACUGCUGUACUAUUUUCAAUGGUGAUCCACAUCCCGGAAACAUCUUGGUCCGACCUGGUACACAACAAAAUGACAAGGAAGGUUUCACCUUGAUUUUACUCGACUGGGGACUGGCAAAGCGUCUGCCAACGCAAAAACGAAUUGCAUUUUGCCAAAUGGUCUAUGCCGCUGCAACGUUUGAUUAUGGACUGCUCCUCGAUUCGUAUACAACUGUCGGAUUGAAAAUGAAACGAGAAGAUGCGGGUCAAUCCAUGGAAGAUAUGCGAUUCUUUUUGCGUGACAUGGCACCCCGUGAGGAGACACGAAAGCGCAUCAAAAAGAAGAUGAAGGCGGACAAGCAACGUUUCAAGGAUAAUAAUGAGAAAGUGCCCAUGGAAUCCAAAGCCUAUCCUGGAGAAUUCUUUUUUUUCAUUCGAGUCAAUGAAUUGUUGCACGGUUUGGGAGGGAAAUACAGCAUCAAUCUUGGAUAUUUGGAUGCACUGAAACCAUACGCAGAACGAGGACUGCGGGCGUCUUCCUUUUAUGACUUGACUGCACUAGCACCGCCGUCCAAGCCCUUGAAGGUAGCCAAUAUGCACUUGCAAACCAAGCUCGAGAAUUUGUUGGCCAAAAUGAGUAGUGAGCAAUCUGUGGUGGGCGGACAAGUGUGCGUAUUGGAUAAGGGUGGAUCCACCGAAGCCAGCGUUGUAGAAGGAAAUCUAGGUGGCCUUCGUAGCCAUAUUCCAAUGACUCGCAAUUCUGUGGUUCUCGGAUACUCGUGUACAAAGGCGAUUACUGCCACAUUGGCUCACUUGAUGGUCCAGGAAGGCUUUUUGGAGUACGAUGAACCAAUUUGCAAGCAAGUCUGGCCAGAUUUUUGUCCAACUGCAGAUCCACCCAAGAAUCUUGCCACCGAGUUGGGUCUAUCGGAAGACGAGGUGCAAAAGCGAUGGCAAUGGAAGCGACAAAUCACACUCCGCCAUCUACUGGAUCAUACCAGCGGUCUAUGGUCUUUGUUGCCCGCCAAGCUGACCAUCAAGAAGAUGGUAUCGUGCGAAGAUACUUUUGCGUCAUAUGCAUUCAAUCCUGAUAAACCACAAGAAACUUUGCUUCCUACCUCGGAACCCGGAGAAAAGUGUCAGUAUCAUUAUCUAUCGUUUGGUUGGCUCGUGGCUGGAACUCUGUGCGGUGCCUAUGCUCUCAAAAAGAACCAAGACAGUGUUACAUUCCAAGAGAUUUACCAAGAUCUCUUGGAACCCAAGCUGAGCCAGCGCACAAGGGAUGCUGGAUUCUAUCCCAUGGGCGGACACGGAAACCACAUUCCUGCUCAAACCGCCACGUCCGACUUUCGUGCCAGCACCAUGAUGCAGCGUCGACGAGAAGCUGAAAUCAUGAACAGCGAUAACAAAAGCGAGCAGAACCCAAUGAUGAAGGUGCUAGAAGAUUUCAAAGGCAAAGAGUUCUUGUUGGACCCACGCAUUUGGAAUAGCCAAGACGUGCUCAAAGCCAAUGUUCCUGCCGCUGGUGGACGCUUUUCAGCCGAAGGAUUGGCAAGUUUCUUCCACGACCUCAGCCACGGAAACAUUUUGAAAAGCGAUGUAUUGAGUAGCGUCCUAUCGAAUGUUUCCAAGCCGACUACUGCUGGCAACGAGUUACAAGGUGUUACCCGUAUUGCAAAUGACAUUAGUGCUACCAACACCCAUUUGAGUUUUGGGUAUCAGCGUAUCCGAACGGAUCGUGAUCCUGUGGACAAAUUCUCUUGCUUGGGUCAUGCGGGAGUUGGUGGAUCGAUUGGUUUCUGGCACAUCAAGACUGGCCUGUGUGUCAGCAUCAUGUUGAACAAAUCUGAUGGCGAUUUGGAAGUGACCAAGCAGAUUCUUACAUUGGUUGCAGAUCAUUACAGAAUAUAG